AAGGCCCGGACCCCUGCCCCAGUUGCUCUCCCCCGCCACCCUUCUGAGCCACCAUGGGGCUGCCGCUAGCCGGCCUGGUGGCCGUCUGCCUGGCCCUGAGCUCAGCUGGGGGUGCGGAGCUCCGGAGAGAGGGCAGGACCCGGAACCAUGGCCACAGCGUCUGCAGCACUUGGGGCGACUUCCACUAUAAGACGUUCGACGGCGACAUCUUCCGCUUCCCGGGCCUCUGCGACUACAACUUCGCGUCUGACUGCAGGGACUCCUACAAGGAGUUUGCGGUGCACCUGAAGCGGGGCCUGGGACGAGAUGGGGCUCACCCCCAGCUCGACUACAUCCUGCUGAACAUCAAAGACAACACUAUCUACCUCACCCGCCAGCUGGCGGUGCUGAACGGGGCCGUGGUCAGCACCCCGCACUAUAGCCCCGGGCUGCUCAUUGAGAAGAGCGACGUCUAUACCAAGGUCUACUCCCGCGCGGGACUCACCCUCAUGUGGAACCGGGAAGACUCCCUCAUGCUGGAGCUGGACAGUAAGUUCCGGAACCACACGUGUGGCCUCUGCGGGGACUACAACGGCCUGCACGUCUAUUCAGAGUUCCUCUCUGACGGUGUGUCCUUCAGUGCCAUCGAGUUUGGGAACAUGCAGAAGAUCAAAAAGCCUGGGGCGGUGUGCGAGGACCCCGAGGAGGAGCCCGCGGGAGAGUCCUGCUCUGAGCACCGCGCCGAGUGCGAGAGGCUGCUGACGGGCUCGGCCUUCGAGGACUGCCUGGGCCUGGUGCCGCUGGAGCUGUACGUGCAGGCCUGCGUGCAGGACCGCUGCCGGUGCCCGCUGGGCGCCUCCUGCGUCUGCAGCAGCCUCGCCGAGUUCUCCCGCCAGUGCUCGCACGCGGGCGGCCGGCCGGGCACCUGGAGGACCCCCGUGUUCUGCCCCAAGAGCUGCCCCGGGAACAUGGUUUACCUGGAGAGCGGCUCACCCUGCAUGGACACCUGCUCACACCUGGGAAUCAGCAACCUGUGUGAGGAGCACCGCAUGGACGGCUGUUUUUGCCCGGAAGGCACUGUGUACGAUGACAUUGCGGGCAGAGGCUGCAUUCCUGUCAGCCAGUGUCACUGCAAGGUCCACGGGCACCUGUACUUGCCCGGCCAGCAGAUCACCAACGACUGCGAGCAGUGCGUCUGCACCGCCGGCCGCUGGGUGUGCAAAGACCUGCCCUGCCCAGGCACCUGCACCCUGGAGGGCGGCUCCCACAUCUCCACCUUCGACGGGAAGAAGUACACUUUCCACGGGGACUGCUACUACGUGCUGGUCAAGGGCGACCACGACUCCUAUGCCCUCCUGGGUGAGCUGGCCCCCUGCGGCUCCACGGACAAGCAGACCUGCCUGAAGACGGCGGUGCUGCUGACCGACAAGAAGAAGAACGUGGUGGCCUUCAAGUCGGACGGCAGCGUGCUGCUGAAUGAGCUGCAGGUGAACUUGCCCCACGUGACUGCCAGCUUCUCCAUCUUCCAACCAUCCUCCCACCACGUCGUGGUGAAUACCGCCUUCGGCCUCAGGCUGCAGGUGCAGCUGGUGCCCGUGAUGCAGCUGUUUGUGACGCUGGACCAGGCCGCCGAGGGGCGCGUGCAGGGCCUCUGCGGGAACUUCAACGGCCUGGAAGGGGAUGACUUCAAGACGGCGGGCGGGCUGGUGGAGGCCACGGGGGCCGGCUUCGCCAACACGUGGAAGGCCCAGUCGAGUUGCCACGACAAGCUGGACCGGCUGGAGGACCCCUGCUCCCUCAACAUCGAGACCGCCAACUACGCGGAGCACUGGUGCUCCCUGCUGAAGAAGACAGAGACCCCCUUCGGCAGGUGCCACUCAGCCGUGGACCCCUCGGAGUAUUACAAGAGGUGCAGGUACGAUACGUGUAACUGCCAGAACAGCGAGGACUGCAUGUGCGCCGCCCUGUCCUCCUACGCCCGCGCCUGCGCCACCAAGGGCGUCAUGCUGUGGGGGUGGCGGGAGCAAGUCUGCAACAAGGACGUGGGCUCCUGCCCCAGCUCACAGAUCUUCCUGUACAACCUGACCACCUGCCAGCCCACCUGCCGCUCGCUCUCCGAGGCCGACACCCACUGCCUCAAGGGCUUUGCGCCGGUGGACGGCUGCGGCUGCCCCGACCACACCUUCCUGGAUGAGAAGGGCCGCUGUGUGCCCCUGGCCAAGUGCUCUUGCUAUCACCGCGGCCUCUACCUGGAGGCCGGGGAAGUGGUCCUGCGGCAGGGGGAGCGAUGCGUUUGCCGGAACGGCAGGCUUCAGUGCGUUCAGAUCCAGCUGAUCGGCCUUCGCUGUCAGGCCCCAAAGAUCCACGUGGAUUGCAACAACCUGACAGCGCUGGCCAUCCAGAACCCGCGACCCACCAGCUGCCAGACGCUGGCUGCCGGCCACUACCAGACGGAGUGCAUCAGCGGCUGUGUUUGCCCGGACGGGCUGCUGGAUGACGGCCGCGGCGGCUGCGUCGUGGAAGAGCAGUGUCCCUGUGUGCACAACAAGGACCUGUACUCCCCUGGGGACAAGAUCAAGGUGGACUGCAACACCUGCACCUGCCGGAGGGGCCGCUGGGCGUGCACGCAGGCCGUGUGCUACGGCUCCUGCUCCAUCUACGGAAGUGGCCACUACAUCACGUUUGAUGGAAAGCACUACGACUUUGAUGGACACUGUUCCUACGUGGCGGCUCAGGACUACUGUGGCCAGAACUCCUCACUGGGCUCCUUCAGCAUCAUCACCGAGAAUGUUCCCUGUGGCACCACGGGUGUCACCUGCUCCAAGGCCAUCAAAAUCUUCAUGGGGAGUCUGGAGCUGAAGCUGGAGGGCAAGCACCGCGUGGUGAUCCAGCGAGACGUGGGCCACCACGUGUCCUACACCACGCGGGAGGUGGGCCAGUACCUGGUGGUAGAGGCCAGCGUGGGCGUCAUCGUCAUCUGGGACAAGAGGACCACCGUCUUCAUCAAGCUGGCGCCGUCCUACGAGGGCACGGUGUGCGGGCUGUGUGGGAACUUCGACCGCCGCUCCAGCAACGACUUCACCACGAGGGACCACAUGGUGGUGGACAGCGAGCUGGACUUCGGGAACAGCUGGAAGGAGGCCCCCACCUGCCCGGACGUGAGCUUCACCCCGGAGCCCUGCGCCCUGAGGCCGCACCGCCUCUCCUGGGCCGAGAAGCAGUGCAGUAUCAUCAAGAGCCGGGUCUUUGCCGUCUGCCACAGCAAGGUGGACCCCAAGCCAUUCUACGAGGCCUGCGUCCAUGACUCGUGCUCCUGCGACACGGGCGGGGACUGUGAGUGCUUUUGCUCUGCCGUGGCCUCCUACGCCCAGGCGUGCACGAAGGAGGGGGCCUGCGUGUUCUGGAGGACGCCAGACCUGUGCCCCAUCUUCUGUGACUACUACAACCCCCCGGACGAGUGCGAGUGGCACUACGAGCCGUGUGGGAACCGCAGCUUUGAGACCUGCAGGACGGUCAACGGGAUCCACUCUAACAUCUCCGUGUCCUACCUGGAGGGCUGCUACCCGCGGUGCCCCAAGGACAGGCCCAUCUACGACGAGGACAAGAAGAAGUGCGUCACGGCCGACCAGUGUGGCUGCUACGUCGAGGACACCCGUUACCCACCUGGAGCGUCCGUGCCCUCCGACAAGGACUGCCAGUCUUGCAUGUGUACCGACUCCUCGGAAGUUGUCUGCCGGCCCGAAGAAGGGAAGAUUCUCAACUAUACCCAGGAUGGGUCUUUCUGCUACUGGGUGAUCUGCGGUCCCAACGGGACGGUGGAGAAACACUUCAACAUCUGCCAGCCUAUCUCGCCUCCCUCGUCCUCCUUGCCGCCCUCCACCACCCCCGUCACCAGCACCACGAGCACCACCCCCACCCCCAUCCCCAGCACAGCAACGACCAUCUCCUCAACGACCCCGUCCUCAACCACUCCCAAUGUGUGCUGCUUCUGGUCCGACUGGAUCAACGAGAACCACCCCAGCAUGGACAGCACCGGGGGAGACUGGGAGAAAUUCGACAGUGUCUGCAGGGAACCCGAGGACAUCCAGUGCAGGUUGGCCACGGAGCCAGAGCUCAGCUGGGAGGAGACGGGCCAGAAGGUACAGUGUGAUGUCUCCUCAGGGUUCAUUUGCCUCAACGAAGACCAGUUUGGAAACGGGCCGUUCGCGGUCUGUUAUGACUAUGAAAUACGUGUCAAUUGUUGCCUGCCGAUGUAUGAGUGUCCCGGGUCCCCAACCACGGCCCCAACCACCACCCCCUCAACCACAACCACCACCCCGACCACCACCAGCACGGAGACCCCGACCCCGGCCACCACCACCACCACCACCGCCACCACCCCUACCCCGGGAUCAACCACCACUCCGUGCGUGCCUGAGUGCAAUUGGACUGGCUGGCUGGAUUCAGGGAAACCAGACAACACCAAACCGGGGGCAGACAUCGAAUCUGUCGAGGUCUGUGUACCAGGCUGGGCGGCCAACAUCUCCUGCAGAGCCGCCAAGUUCCCUGACAUCCCCCUUGGGCAGCUGGGGCAGAACGUGGCUUGCGACAUCAAUGUCGGGCUGGUGUGCAGAAAUGAAAACCAGAAGCCAGGGGGAUACAUGCCCCAGCCUUUUUGCCUCAACUAUGAGAUCAACGUCUACUGCUGUUCGUGGCCUCCACACUGUAUCUCCACACCUUCCCCUGUAACCACGCUGACCUCCCCGACCACCACCACCACCAGCACGGAGACCCCGACCCUGACCUCCACCCCGACCACCACCAGCACGGAGACCCCGACCCCCACCCCGAGGACCACCAGCACGGAGACCCCGACCCCGGCCUCCACCACCACCGCCACCAGCACGGAGACCCCGACCCCGGCCUCCACCACCACCACCACCAGCACGGAGACCCCGACCCCGACCUCCACCCCGACCACCACCAGCACGGAGACCCCGACCCCAGCCUCCACCACCACCGCCACCAGCACGGAGACCCCGACCCCGGCCUCGACCACCACCACCACCAGCACGGAGACCCCGACCCCGGCCUCCACCACCACCGCCACUAGCACGGAGACCCCGACCCCGGCCUCCACCACCACCACCACCAGCACGGAGACCCCGACCCCGGCCUCGACCACCACCACCACCAGCACGGAGACCCCGACCCCGGCCUCCACCACCACCGCCACCAGCACGGAGACCCCGACCCCGGCCUCGACCACCACCACCACCAGCACGGAGACCACCCCGACCCUGACCUCCACCCCGACCACCACCAGCACGGAGACCCCGACCCCGGCCUCCACCACCACCACCACCAGCACGGAGACCCCGACCCCGACCUCCACCCCGACCACCACCAGCACGGAGACCCCGACCCCAGCCUCCACCACCACCGCCACCAGCACGGAGACCCCGACCCCGGCCUCCACCACCACCGCCACCAGCACGGAGACCCCGACCCCGGCCUUGACCACCACCACCACCAGCACGGAGACCCCGACCCCGGCCUCCACCACCACCACCACCAGCACGGAGACCCCGACCCCGACCUCCACCCCGACCACCACCAGCACGGAGACCCCGACCCCAGCCUCCACCACCACCGCCACCAGCACGGAGACCCCGACCCCGGCCUCCACCACCACCGCCACCAGCACGGAGACCCCGACCCCGGCCUCGACCACCACCACCACCAGCACGGAGACCACCAGCACGGAGACCCCGACCCCGGCCUCCACCACCACCACCACCAGCACGGAGAGCCCAACCCCGGCCUCCACCCCGACCACCACCAGCACGGAGACCCCGACCCCGGCCUCCACCACCACCACCACUGCCACCACCGCCACCACCCCUACCCCGGGAUCAACCACCACUCCGUGCGUGCCUGAGUGCAAUUGGACUGGCUGGCUGGAUUCAGGGAAACCAGACAACACCAAACCGGGGGCAGACAUCGAAUCUGUCGAGGUCUGUGUACCAGGCUGGGCGGCCAACAUCUCCUGCAGAGCUGCCAAGUUCCCUGACAUCCCCCUUGGGCAGCUGGGGCAGAACGUGGCUUGCGACAUCAAUGUCGGGCUGGUGUGCAGAAAUGAAAACCAGAAGCCAGGGGGAUACAUGCCCCAGCCUUUUUGCCUCAACUAUGAGAUCAACGUCUACUGCUGUUCGUGGCCUCCACACUGUAUCUCCACACCUUCCCCUGUAACCACGCUGACCUCCCCGACCACCACCACCACCAGCACGGAGACCCCGACCCUGACCUCCACCCCGACCACCACCAGCACGGAGACCCCGACCCCCACCCCGAGGACCCACGGAGACCCCGACCUCCACCCCAACCACAACCAGCACGGAGACCCUGACCCCGGCCUCCACCACCACCACCACCGGCACGGAGACCCCGAUCUCCACCCCGACCACCACCACCACCAGCACGGGGACUCCGACCCCGGCCUCCACCACCACCACCACCAGCACGGAGACCCCGACCUCCACCCUGACCACCACCAGCACGGGGACCCCAACCCCAGCCUCCACCACCACCACCACCAGCACGGAGACCCCGACCCCGGCCUCCACCCCGACCACCACCACACGGAGAAUCCGACCCCGGCCUCGACCACCACCACCACCAGCACGGAGACCCCGACCUCCACCCCGACCGCCACCACCACCAGCACGGAGACCCUGACCCCGACCGCCACCAGCACAGAGACCCCGACCCCGGCCUCGACCACCACCACCACCAGCACGGAGACCCCGACCCCGGCUUCCACCACAACCACCACCAGCACGGAGAAUCCGACCCCCACCCCGACCACCACCAGCACGGAGACCCCGACCCCGACCACCACCACCACCAGCACGGAGACCCCGACCCCCACCCCGACCCCGGCCUCGACUACCACCACCACCAGCACGGAGACCCCCUCCACACACACACCCACGACUGUGUCAACGACGUCCACAGAAACGCUCACACCGCCAGGACGCCCGUCAUCCACUCCACACAGGCCACCGACCACGAGCGCCACGACCUCCAGUGUGCUCCCCCCCACGCUGACCCCAAUCUCCUCCCCCAGCAUUGUUGAAACUACAGGUUCCAUCACCAGCACAGCCCUGGAAUACUGUUGCGUUUUGAAUGACACAUACUUUGCCCCAGGUGAAACGGUGUAUAACGGCACGCAUGGGGACACCUGCUAUUACGUGAACUGCUCGCUGUCCUGCACCUUUGAGUUCUUCAACUGGUCGUGUCCGUCCACACCCUCCCCAACGCCCACCCCUUCCUUGCCAACGCCGGCCUCAACACCCAAACCACCCACGUCCAUGGCAUCGAGCACUCUGGCCACCACCAAGCCCCCUGGGUGCCCAGACUUUGAUCCUCCCAGAGAGGAGAACGAGACGUGGUGGCUGUGUAACUGCACCAUGGCCAUCUGCAAAUACGACAACACGGUGGAGUUAGUGCAGGUGAAGUGUAAACCCCCACCCAUGCCCACCUGCUCCAACGACCUCCUGCCUGUGCGUGUCAUGGACCCUGAUGGCUGCUGCUGGCACUGGGAGUGCGACUGCUACUGCACAGGCUGGGGGGACCCGCACUAUGUCACCUUCGACGGGCUUUACUACAGCUACCAGGGCAACUGCACGUACGUGCUGGUGGAGGAGAUCAGCCCCACGGUAGACGGCUUCGGCGUCUACAUCGACAACUACCACUGUGACGUCAACGACCGGGUGUCCUGCCCCCGCACGCUCAUCGUGCGCCACGAGACCCAGGAGGUGCUGAUCAAGACGGUGCAGAUGGCCCCCAUAAAAGUGCAGGUGCAGGUCAACGGGCAGGCCGUGGCGCUGCCCUACAGGAAGUAUGGGCUGCUGGUGUCCCAGUCGGGCAUCAACUACGUGGUGGACAUCCCCGAGCUGGGCGCCCUCAUCUCCUACAACGGCCUGUCCUUCUCCAUCAGGCUGCCCCACCACCGGUUUGGCAACAACACCAAGGGCCAGUGUGGCACGUGUACCAACAACACCGCCGACGACUGCGUGUUGCCCAGCGGAGAGGUCGUUUCCAACUGCGAGGUCGCGGCCGACCAGUGGGUGGUGAACGACCCCUCCAAGCCACACUGUCCCCACGUCGGCGUCACCACCAAGCCCCCGGCUAGCACACCGUCAGCGGGCAGCCCCACGCCCAAGGACUGUGCUUCCCCUCUCUGCGACCUCAUCAAAGACAGCCUGUUCGCCCAGUGCCACGCCGUGGCACCCCCCCAGCACUACUACGACGCCUGCGUGUUCGACAGCUGCUUCGUGCCCGGCUCGGGCCUGGAGUGCGCCAGCCUGCAGACCUACGCGUCCCUCUGUGCCCAGAAGGGCAUCUGUAUUGACUGGCGGAACCACACCAACGGCGCCUGCUUGCUGACGUGUCCGCCUCACAGGGAGUACCGGGCCUGUGGUCCUCCAGAGGAACCCACCUGCAAGUCUGGAUCCUUCGAGAAGAACAACAGCAUCCUGGUGGAGGGCUGCUUCUGUCCCGAGGGCACCAUGAACUACGCCCCAGGAUUCGAUGCCUGCGUGGACAUGUGUGGCUGUAUGGGACCUGACAAUGUGCCUAGAAAGUUUGGGGAACACUUUGAGUUCGACUGCAAGAGCUGUGUCUGCCUGGAGGGCGGGAGCGGCAUUUCCUGCCUGCCCAAGACGUGCAGCCAGGAGCAGCCCCAGUGCACGGAGGAGGGCACCUACCCGCUCACAGAGGUCAACCCCGCCGACACCUGCUGCAACAUCACAUCCUGCAAGUGCAACACCAGCCUGUGCCCGGCGACGCCGUCCAAGUGCCCACUGGGAUUUGAAGUGAAGAGUGAGAUCACACCUGGGAAGUGCUGCCCCACCUACACCUGUGUGCCCAAGGGUGUGUGCGUUCACCAGAAUGCUGAGUACCAGCCGGGGUCGCCAGUUUACUCCUCCAAGUGCCAGGACUGCGUGUGCACCAACCGCAGGAACAGCAGCACCGAGCUCAACGUCAUCUCCUGCACCCACGUGCUCUGUGACAACUCCUGCAGCCCCGGCUUUGAGCUGGUGGAGGCCCCCGGGGAGUGCUGUGGUAAGUGUGAGCAGACCCACUGCAUCAUCAAGAGGCCCGGCAAGGAACCCAUCAUCCUAAAGCCCGGGGACAUAAAGCAUGACCCCAAGAAUAACUGCACAUUCUUCAGCUGCGUGAAGAUUCACAACCAGCUCAUCUCUUCGGUCUCCAACAUCACCUGCCCCGACUUUGACCCCAGCAUCUGCCUCCCGGGUUCCAUCACUCUCAUGCCCAAUGGUUGCUGCAAGAAAUGCAUCCCUCGCAACGAGACCAGGAUCUUCUGUUCCGCCAUCCCCGUUACCCGGGAAAUUUCUUUCGCCGGCUGCACCAACAAGGUCACAAUGAACUACUGCUCUGGGUCCUGCGGGACCUUCGCCCUGUACUCGGCCGAGGCCCAGGCCCUGGACCACAGGUGCUCCUGCUGUAAGGAAGAACGGACCAGCCAGCGGGAGGUGGUGCUGCACUGUCCCCAGGGCGGCUCGAGGAGCCACACCUACACCCACAUCGAGAGCUGCCGGUGCCAGGACACCGUCUGCGAGCUCCCGCCGGCCCCGCGCCGCGUCCCCGGCCGCUCCCGGCGCUCCAGCCCCGGGGGCCUGCGCCCAGGAGGCGCUUGAACAGGGUCGUGCCACCCAGCUCGCCCCCACCGCCCUCCGCACCCCCCACCCCUCCUGCUGACCCCCUGAGCUUCCUCACCUCCUGAGCCGGCUUCCUCUCUGCAGAUAUUUAUUUUCUGAGUCUUUGUUCAAUUCUUCGCUUUCCACAAUAAACUUGGGCAGACGCUG